CAUACUGCAUACAUUUAAAUUUUGGACUAUAAUAAUAUUGCACUGUGUUCAUUGGUAUAAAAUGUCAAAGAGUAUACACUGUUGUUUCUAUGAACGUUUCGUUUUGAUUGUGGUGGCUACAUGCUGUAUUAAAUGCGUCACAGGACAAACUAGGAAUAAUGACGUCGUGCAUGACGUAACUGUCAAGGAAACAGAACCCGUAGGUCACGUGAUAGCCAAUCUCACCUUAAGCGGAAAUUGCAACGUGACGUCAUACACACCCAGUCGUUCAGAUCGCUAUUUCAGCAUGAUUGAAAGCGUGCUUACACUUAAAGAAGAGUUGGAUUUAGACGCUGGCCUCCAAAUUCAGCUGGGAACUACGAAUAUCGCAAUUAAAAUCACGUGCGACCAAAGCAGCCACACGCUACAUGUAUUAGUUGAACCAAUCAACGAGUUUCCGCCGUACUUUUUCGCUCGUCCAUAUAACAUAACCAUCACCGAGAAUAACCAAAUUGGCGUCUCUGUGUUUGAAGUAAAGUCCAAGAUGAGAGAUCUUGACAUUCCCGCGGAUGUCAUAGAAGAAUUUCGACUGGACCAGUAUCUUAUUUCGCAGUACGAUGGACGGCGAUAUUUUGCGAUCAACAGCUCGACGGGCGUGAUUGAGAGCCGUAAUACGAUUGACUACGACACAAUGGGUAGAACCAAGUUCUUGAUGCUGAAAAUCGUCGCCGUGGACGUUGACGGUCAAAAAGAAUCCACAACGUUGAAUAUCACCAUUAUGGAUGUGGACGACCUCCCAUCGCGUUUCUUGCGAAAACCGUGUGAUGACGUCACCACAACAUGUGACGUCACCAUUUACACAGCAGAGAUGGAUCGUCAUUUUCAGGGCUCGCUGGAUGUCCGACCCGUUCACGUGCCUGCACGAGACGGUGACGUAGGUCUUAAUUAUGACGUCACAUAUACCAUAGAACCAGAUGAUGGAGUUGUCGAUAUCAACAACUUCACAGGAGUGUUGACCGUCAUGUAUGGAAAUAUGGAAACGUAUAUGGUACACCCUGAUACUGUGAUGAUGUCAACAUUCUAUGACGGCAUGAUAUGAUAAAGGUGUCAUGUCGUCAAAAAUAACUCAUCAUGUCGACUAAAACAACGAUGGCAAGUCAUUUUCAAAAGAGCAUGACGCCUAAAAUUAUGUUGAUUUGUCGACAUAAGAUAUGUUGUCAAGACGUAAACAAUCCGCAUGUUGGAAUAAGAGCCUAAAUCUCUGACAAUAUUUUAUCCUUUAGCCGUUUAGUAAAUUUAACAAGUUCUGUGUUGUUUACUGUAUGACGGCAUAUAUCUUGAUGACUUGCAAGUAACAAAAUGUUGACAUGGCGAUAUAACUGAAGGAGUCGAUAUAAUUUAUGUGGACAAAUGGUGUUGUUUAAACAUUAUGGAAUCGUAUAUGGUACCCAAAUAAUAUGGUCAUGCCGGAUUAGUUUAUAUCGACUUACUGUGAAAUAACAUGGUAUGUCGUCAUAGUUUUGGGUUUCAAAAUCUGUGUUAGGGUUUCAAAAAAUGCUCAUAACUUCUAUGUCACUUCAGAUAUAACCUUCAUAUUUGGUAAGCAUGUGUAUAUGGACAAGACCUUACCAUACGCACACAAUGUUUGACCCCAAUUACCUUGACCUGGAACUUAGGGUCCGCGUUUAGGUUUCAAAAUCAGCGUUCAGAUUUCGAAAAAUGCUCAUAACUUCUAUCAAAGCAUUUUUCGGGGGCAUAUGUCAACCUAUGGAGACAGCUCUUCUUUUUUCAACUUUAACCAUUUCUAUUUCUCUCAAAACAUUUGAAUGAAAGUACAAAACACUGUUAUUCAUGUCAAUUUAAUCAUUCUAAUUCGAUGCCCAAAAUUUUGUAUGUCUGCACUCAGCAGUCACUAAUUGAAUUUGUAUAAAAAAAUAUAGAAGUACCAAGAUGCGCGU